GAUAGCUACAAUGAAAGAGCUGGAGAGGAAGCCCGCGCCUCAGUGACGUUCAUUCUCCAUCAGGGAUCUUUGUUUUGCAUCGCUUCCCAAUUUGCAUUUGUUUCUCAGGUUUUCCAUACGACGCUCCAGCCGCCGUCAAGCCCCGAGAGCGCAAAGGCGCGUUCCGCCGCGAUAGAGCGUCCAUUCGCCUCUCCAGCGUUGGGAAAUUUAGAGGGACUGACUCGGGUUUGAACUGAACGAAGGAAAUUACAUGCAUUCGCCUCGCGUCCUCGCCAUCCACUCGCGGAGACACGUGCGAUAGAGGUAAACAGCCGAGAGAUUCGCUCCACAAAACUCACCUCGCGCUAUCGAUUCAGCAGCAGAUACGGUAGCCGCUGUCGCUUCAUACAGCAUGUCGGAUGUAUUACCGUACAACGAGGACAAAAUGACUCAUUAUGGCAACGAUGGGGACGAGGAACACCUUUCCUUCACCUGCCGCCUCCAAGACACCAACAACUUUUUCGGUGGCAACCAGAAUAAACGACCACCAAAGCUCGGGCAGAUCGGGAGAAGCAAAAGAGUCAUGGAGGAAGACAACGAUGGAGAAGCACUGGACAAGAGCACAGAGAAGUCCUCGUCGGCAUGAACAGACCCAAAGACUCUUGACCUCUCUGAUGUGUAUAUCCAAAGACAUUGUGAAGAGGCUCUCUCUCUCUCCCAUCUGGUGACAAGCACUCCAUGCAUCCUCCUCUCGAUCUCCCAAACUCCAUUGUCCAGGGUUUACAGUGUGAACCGGCGGUCCGGAAGAGCGGCCCAGGGGCUUGAAGGAAUACUGUGUUUUCCAAACUAUACUCCGAGAUAUGUGCAAUGACAGGGUUCGGUCUCAUUAGAGACCGGAUUCUUCUUUUUUUUGGUUCUAAUGAAGCAAUUCGAUAGACUGAGCAAACAGUACCAUUAACAUCAAACCAGUAUCUUCCCACUUAACCCAGUAGCCUACUGGUGGUGUUAAUGGUAUACUAGCAAUGUAGACUUUUUCUUCCAAGAGUGCACCUCCAAAGAGGUUCCACUAUGUAUGUUAAAAACAAGCUAUUUAUUAAAUCUUUGGAUACAUAUUUUGCAGUGUUGAAGGUUGAGCAACCGUUUUAUAUAAUGGAACGAUGACGAGAAGUGACUUUUGCUUUGGAUAAAUGUUUUGUAUGUAGCUUAACUGUGAUUCUCGUGAUCUGCUUCGUUUCAUUUCAUUCAUUUGAUGUUCGGUUCAAUCUGGAAUGUCAGUUUAAGGACAGUAACUUUAUUAUCGUAAAGCAUAUUAACUGUAGAUGUGCCAAAUUUAACCUGACAAGAAACGUAUCUUUCUGUGCUUUCUUCACGUGCGCAGGUUUAUUAAUAUUCGGUGGUCAUGUUUACAGGGCUCUUUCAUACUACUUGUGAUGUAUUCUAGUCAUGCAUGACGAACCUCAAGACCUCAAGAACGUCUUCUUGAAUAUAUUACGUAUUUAUCUCACAGAACAUUUCUACAGAAUAUCUGUUAUAAUAAAGAUUUUGA